UUCAACCCACGAGAUACACCGAAGGAAGCUAUGGAGUCGCCGACAACAGAGACGGCAUCGUCCUUCGUGGCCGGUCCACAGACGACUGCGACAUUCUUCCGCGUCCAGCUCAUCGGGCAUGAAGACGGCGAGGACCCCAACACACACAGCAAAGUUGUGCUCUACCGCACGGUGGUGCAGUACAACGGUCAAGCAUUCGAGCGUGCUCUGCGGUUCAGUCGAUUCUACGCGUUUUACAGCAACCUCACGUCCGCGGAGAAGAAAGCCAUCAAUGCUUCCUUUCCGCGGCGCUAUCCGUUUGUCGCCGAGUUGGACGAGGAUCGUCUCAAGAAGCGCGAGAAGCAGUUGAAUGUCUUCUUCGCUGAACUGUGUAAAAAGGAGAUCACGCCAACGAUGGAGCUGACCUUGUUGAACCUGUUCAAGAUCAAGGAGCGCCAUUUGGGACCGCAAAUCCGAGGAUCCAUUUUGUACGUGCCACGACCCCGCGUCGACGGAACAUCGUCCGAGGCGUCAUUUCAACCGCCUGUUCGGCGCGUGUUCACGAACGGGAGCAACAUCAUGACAAGCCGCUCGUCCAUUCUGUCGCAGAGCUCGUUGACGUCGAACGCGUCCCUUGACAGCGAAUUGCCCCACCAGUACUUCCCCAUCCAGCAGCGUUUGUCUAUCUCGUCGUCGGUCGCGAGCCCACUGCCGUCGACGUGUUCAUGGGUGUCAGCAACGAGUGCCAUGCCAGACAUCGUGCAAGUGGCUCCACCACGGCCGACGGCCCCCGUGAAGAUGAACUUGUUCGUGCCAAGCCCCGUGCUUCCGUCAGCUACGCUCAACUUCGAAGCCCAAGUCCGUAAGCACAUGGAAACGAUUGGCAAGAUGCUGCAUGACGACGAUCUGCAUCUGCUCAGCCCGCCGGCCAAACCCAUCCAGUUCCACGCCGCUGCCGUAAUCGAUUGCCCCGCAUCUCGAUAUAUUUAAGUUACAUCCCGCGUCCUUGCUAAUCGAAAUGCGAUCGCCAUUUGUGUUUACGAAA